GUAAGCCAGCGGUCGCUGCUGCUGUGGUCUGCCAUAGUGAACACAGACCACUGCCUCCGACACGGGUAAGCCAGUGGUCGCUCCUGCUGUGGUCUGCCAUAGUGAACAUAGACCACUACCUCAGCACUGCAUUUCAGCACGGGGACCAGCGGUCGCUGCUACUACUGUGACAACCACAUCCUUUAUUCAGCACUGUUCCCCACGGCGUCACCUGCCUUAUGAUGGACAAGUGUAGCUGGAGUGGGUUCGAACGCGGGGUGAAACUGGUUAUUAUUGUCUUCAGCCACGUAGGUCUGUGCGCCUUCGUGGCCGGGUACUCAGUGGCCGGCGCCUUCCUCUUCAGGGAGCUGGAACAGAAGUAUGUGGAGGCCCACUAUGAACCCCUGCAACACCGCACAGCUUACUUGCAAGACUUCUUCAACAUCACCGAGCGGGCGGGGCAGGAACUAAGCUCCCAAGACUGGAGGGAGAUCUUCAAUUCCUCGCGGUGGAGGGAGGAGGUCAUGGACCGCCUGGCGGAGUUCGAAGCUCAGCUGGUGACGGCGGUGAGUAACCAGCUGUACGACCAGGGCCCCGACAAGCAGCGCGAGAAGUGGAACGUUAUCGGUUCCCUCUUUUACUGCGUCACCGUCAUCACUACCAUAGGCUAUGGGCAUGUGUCGCCCAGGACGUGGGUGGGCAAGAUGAUGACCAUCGUGUAUGCUAUUAUUGGCAUUCCACUCAUGCUACUUUGUCUCUCCAACAUAGGGGACUCCAUGGCCACCUCCUUCAGGUUCGUGUAUCGUCGAGUGUGUUGUGUGUGCUGCUGUCGCGGCCAGCAAGACCAGGACGACCCAGGCUCCUCCUCCACCCUACAGACUCCAAAUGGGUCAGCAGAGCCUGUGAGUCCCGCACCCUACACUCCACCACCGAGGUACAAACCCAGCAGGCGCAACAUGCUCAUUUCUCCUCCCAUCUCCGCCACCAUACACCGAGGUUCAGACAACCCGUUCGAGCCUUCCUCUCUAACAGAGCCCUCCAACUCCUCGUCGAAGACUUCCACGCCAAGAUAUCCCCGUCCCUCGCACACCCACCUGACUCUCCCUGACGCAGAGGCUAACCGCAUUGUGGCAGAGUGUGCAGCUUACACCAAUACCAGUGUACCAGGUCUGGUCAUCAAUUCCCUCGUGGGGUCCAACAAUGACUGCCACGAUUAUGACAUGGUGACGCCUAACUCUCUGCUUUCACCCACUAUGACCACCCCUCACACACCUGACAUGUCAGCACCCUCGUCGCCUCUCAGUCAAGACUCACCUUCAGAGUGGAUGGUUCGGAAGGAAAACGGCUGCCCUCACAUAGUGAUCGAACAUGACAAUGAACUGCCUCCGUCUAAUUACUCGACAAGAACCGGCUCUCCUGUACUCACUGCCUCGACACAUCAUGCUUCCUGUACGUCCCUAGCUGCCAGCUGCCCUUGGCCAAGACAAGACUCUAGUCCAUUUAAUGGAGGUCUGGUGCCUUACGGAAGCGAGGCAGAUGAUUCAUGUGUCCGUAUCAGAGAGAGACCUCCUCACUCCCCAGGUAAAACAUUAGUUGUGUAUAACACACUAUCCGGAGACGCUCUGCUGGAGCAAAGUAAAGUUGCGCGUAAGAUGGCGCUCAUGAAUAAAGGUGGAUUCAGUCAGUUCCGUGGGGAUGCCACUACAGUCUUUACUGACCCUAUCUCUGGGCAGGCAGUUAAUGGGGACAUGCUUGGGCUCAGCUACAGACCAAUACCGCCAGAUACGUCAGACGCUGAUAAUCGUGUGCCCAUCCCUAUCGUUUUAGCUUUUGUUGCAUCCUACAUUGGAGUGGGAUCUCUGCUGUUUGGAUGGCUGGAAGACUGGUCACUUCUUGAUGCUGGUUACUUCUGCUUCAUCACUCUCUCCACCAUAGGUUUUGGCGACUUUGUGCCUGGCAAGUCACUCGGCUAUGAAACACAAGAAGCUCAAAUCAAGCUAGUAACUGGAUCGCUUUAUUUGAUAUUUGGUCUGGCUGUUCUAGCCAUGUCCUUUAACCUGGUGCAAGAGGAAGUCGUCAUAAAAUGUAAAGCAUUUGCUCUCUGGAUAGGACUAAUGAAGGAAUAGUUAAUUCACGUUUGUAAACAUUCACCAAAGAUUCCUAAUUUUUUUUUACAUAAAUUUCCAAACAUUACCCAAAUAAAUAAAAUAAGGAUA